AUGGCCGCGGAGCUGGCGAUGGGCGCCGAGCUGCCCAGUAGCCCGCUGGCCAUCGAGUACGUCAACGACUUCGACCUGAUGAAGUUCGAGGUGAAGAAGGAACCCGCCGAAGCCGAGCGUUUCUGCCACCGCCUGCCUCCCGGCUCCGUGUCCUCGACGCCGCUCAGCACGCCCUGCUCCUCCGUGCCCUCCUCGCCCAGCUUCUGCGCGCCCAGCCCGGGCGCCGGGGGCGGCGGCGCGGCGCCGGCCGGGGGCGCGGCGGGGAAGCCGGCGCCGGAGGAGCUGUACUGGAUGAGCGGCUACCAGCACCACCUGAGCCCCGAGGCGCUCGGCCUGACGCCCGAGGACGCGGUGGAGGCGCUUCUCGGCAGCGGCCAGCACGCCGGGCACCACGGCGCGCACCACCCGGCGGCCGCGGCGGCCUACGAGGCCUUCCGGGGCCCGGGCUUCGCGGGCGGCGGCGCGGGGGACGGGAGCGCGGGCCACCCCCACGGCGCCCACCACCACCACGUGCGCCUGGAGGAGCGCUUCUCCGACGACCAGCUGGUGUCCAUGUCGGUGCGCGAGCUGAACCGGCAGCUGCGCGGGGUGAGCAAGGAGGAGGUGCUGCGGCUGAAGCAGAAGCGGCGCACCCUCAAGAACCGCGGCUACGCGCAGUCCUGCCGCUUCAAGCGCGUUCAGCAGCGGCACGUCCUGGAGAGCGAGCGGAGCCGGCUGCAGGCGCAGGUGGAGCAGCUGCGGCGGGAGCUGGGGCGCCUGGCGGAGGAGCGGGACCGCUACCGGGAGAAGUUCGAGAAGCUGGCGGCCCGCGGCGGCCCCGGGGGCGCGGGCGGGCCCGGCCUCCCGCGGGCGUCCUCGCCGCCGCAGGCCGGGCCCGGCGGGGCCAAGGGCGCGCCCGGCUUCUUCCUGUGA